UUGUUGGGGGGAACGUUCAAUGUGGCCGGAGCAGCGGCCGGAGACAUGGCGGCGGCAGUGGGAGGCUGCCGGCGGCUGCUACGGGGAAUCAGCUGCCUGGCGGGGAGAACCGGGUCGCUCAGAGAUCCAUUUUUAAUGUUUGUCAGAACCAAUGCAGAGAGCACCUGGUGGCAUGAGCAUCUCUCUGAUGAAAACAUUCACCAUUUAAGAAAAAUUGUUUCCGAAGAAUACAAAUCGUUGACUGUGAACAGGUCUUGUCCGCUAAAAGAUGAGCCAUGGCCCAGGUUACCUUGGGAACCAGGUACCCGCAGGGUUGGACUUGUUGCAAUGAAGCUUGGGAUGAUGCCUUUGUGGACCAAGGCAGGCGAGAAACAUGCAGUCACGUUACUUCAGGUCCAAGAUUGCCAUGUUGUAUCAUAUAUGUCUAAAGAACAAUAUGAUGGGAAAAGACCUGCGCUGGUAGUGGGUGGAAAGAAUACAUCUUUAUUUAAUAAGCCAGAAACUGUUAUGGAAAAGUACCGGCUAGCUGGCAUACCCCCAAAACGGAAAUUGGCAACAUUCAGGGUCUCCGAAAAUGCUAUUAUUAAACCAGGUACUCCUUUAUAUGCUGCUCACUUUCGACCAGGCCAAUAUGUUGAUGUCACAGCAAAAACAAUUGGUAAAGGUUUUCAGGGAGUUAUGAAGAGAUGGGGGUUUAAAGGCCAACCUGCAACUCAUGGACAAACCAAAACCCAUCGAAGGCCAGGAGCUUCAGGCCCCGGCGGUGAUCCUGCUAGAGUUUUUCCUGGGAAGAAAAUGCCUGGAAGAAUGGGGAAUGUCUACAGAACAGCUCGUGGACUGAAGGUUUGGAGAGUGAAUACAAAACACAACAUCCUUUACGUUCAUGGGUCUGUCCCAGGGCACAAGAACUGUUUUGUGAAGGUCAUUGACACUGCGUUACCUAGUCAUCAGGAAGAUAAUAAGAAUCCACCAUUCCCAACUUACUUUGCUGAUGAAAAUGAAGAGCUACCAGAAGACCUGUUUGAUGAUGAAAUGUACCAAUUCACUGAGCCCUCUGUCAGUGUCAUCUAAUGUUUGAGACGUUCAAGGUGUCUUGAUUUGAGGUCUUGCCUCGAUAUCCUGGCUGUCUGUUUCAUCCAGAGCUGAGUUUUUUUUUCAAUAUCUUGGCUCAUGCCAUCUGUCGUGUUAGGUGAAAGAUGAAGCAAAAUUAAAACCAAACAUAUCAGUGAAGAAUUACAAUGAAUUGAAAACACAACAAUGUAAAAUAAGUAUUUGGAGGCUGUUUGUUGUGUAAUCUUGAAAUAUGAAGUGGUUGUUUUAAGGACCCAGAAUAUUUCAUUCUGUUAAGAGAUAAGAUUUACUGCAUAAUACUACGGGAAGGCGUUAUGAAAAGUAAAAGAAUUAUGCAAAAACAGUGAUUUUUAUUCAUUGUAACCCUGCUAUGGACUGCAGAAUUCACAACCUUUUCUAGGUUUAUUAAGUAAAUGCAUCUGAUUUUCAUUUAAAAUAGAGACAAUGGUUGUGAGGAGUGUAUCCAGCAGAAAGUAUACGUAUCUGAAAUAAAGUAUUUUUUACAAAGUCAU